GAAGUGAAGAAGCGACAUAUAAAGCGACAACGAUGCCAAAUUGUCCGGGCUGCAAGAAACCAGUUUAUUUUGCCGAGCGUGUUUGCUCAAUUGGUAAAGAUUGGCAUCGUCCAUGCUUGCGAUGUGAAAAUGAACACUGCCGCAAGACGCUGACACCGGGCAACCAUUGCGAGCAUCAGGGCAAACCGUUUUGUAACCAUUGUUAUGGGGCGCUAUUUGGACCGAAGGGUUAUGGUCAUGGUGGCUGCGAAUCACACACCUUUCACAAUGGACUCACUGGCAAAGCAAAUUGAUU